AUGCGCAGAAAGGAUGGGUUUAUGCGCAGCGGGGCCGGGCCGGGGCUGGCUGCAGCCCGAGGCGGUGCCAGGCACCGGCAGCACUGCAGCCCCCAGGGGCGCUGCGCGGAGCGGGCGGAGCGCGGGAGGGAGGGGCGGGGAGGGGCUGGCCGCGGGGGCGGGAGCGGGUGGGGCGCGAGGCGCUCCGCAGCCAAUGGGAGGCUGCGCUCGGCCCUUGACCAAUCAGCGCGGGGGGCGUGGUCGGCGGCCCCGUUGGAGAGUGCUGCGGAGGAAGCAGCCGGAGAGGGGCGCUGGGAGCUGGCAGCGGAGCGGGACCGGAGCGGCUGCGAGCGCAGAGCCGGGGCAGGGCGAAGCUCGGAGCCUCUCAGCCCCACAGCCGCCAGUGAGGCAGGGGAGCAAAGCAGGAGCCUGCAGCACCGAGAGGCGGCGGCGAGCGAGGCUCUUGAGACGCCUGGCAGCGGCUCCGGGGGCAGAGCCGGCCCGGCCCAGGCGAGCCUCGCCACGGCCCUCGGCGGCUGCCGUCCGACUCCGUCCCGCCGGCGGGAGCCGCCCCGAGCCCUGCAGGCGUCCGGCCGCGGUGCUCGGCGACGGUGGCUGCCGGUGGAGCCCAGCGGCAGCGAGACGCCAGCGGCGGCAGCCUGCAUCGCCUCUGCUUCUCCCAGCCGGCAGAGGGUCCAAGGUGAACGUUGCAGGCUGAGCAGCACAGCCCAGGAGCAAGCCAGGAGCACUGCAGCCCUUCAUAAAGACCUGCAAGCUGCUGCCUCGUGCCUGUGGAUGCCUUGGCCAGAAGGUGCAGCUCCAUACUGCAGCGAGCAGACCUCCCAAGAUGAACGUCCAGGACUCAGAAGGGACUCACUGCCAGUGCCCAGAGCCGGAGGACCUGGCCUCGAUGGCAAGCUGCAGGGAGGCAUUCCUGGCUGGAGCGUGGCAAAGAGAGUUGGCCGUGGGCAGGCACAAGGUAGCAGGCCUGGCUGUGUGCUGCUCUCCAGCAGUGCCCCUGAGUGGAAGCGGAGCUGAGCCCAGCCCUGCUGUGCCCCCGUGCAGGGAGCUGCCUGCGAGCAGAGCCAGGCCUGGCACUGGAGCUUGCAAGGUGCUUCUGCACAUCAGCCCCUGGGCUUCCAGAGCUGCACAGGGCCUGGCAGGUGCAGGCUGCCUGCAGUGCCCCUGGGAGGGCAGGAAGGCUUUUCUGCCUGCCUUCAGGGAAAGCUGAGGCCCUGCGUGUGGGGUGUGGUGCUGGGGGCAGUGCUGGCUGCUGUCACUGACUGCUGGCCCAUGGAGCACGGCACAGCUGUGCUGCCUGCAUGGGCACAUGGCACAGGCCAACUGCUGCCUGCAGGUUGGAGGUGCUUCUGGAUGAGGCAGAGCUGAGGCCAGGGAUGGGGAGAGAGAGUGAAUGGCAGCUGAGUGUGCGUGAGAGGGAGAAGCAGCAGGAUGCAGAGUGGGAGAGAAAGAAGGCAAAAGAAAAAGCACAACAAAAGCUCUGCCAGAAGACUGCUCUGGUUUGGCACAGCCCUGGCCAGUCUGU